UGAUUAUAUGUCCAGCAAAUCAGCAACACCCUCUACUCAUGCUUCCUCUCCUACUUCCUCCGUUUGGUCUGUUUUCAUCAUUUCACAUCUGAUGGACGAGUGCCUCACUGAAACACGGUGUUGCUAUGAUGAUUACAGUCAGAAUGGCUCCUGAUCUUCCCCUGAUGUUUUUGCUCAUGUUUUAUGUGGUAUCUAGUGCUGGUUGGAGUGUGAGUUACAGUCCUUCACACAUCUGUGCACUAAAGAACUCAUCAGUGAUAAUGAGCUGCACUUAUACAUACCCUACUGGACAUCAGAUCAUGAGAGUGUUCUGGACCAAAGGGCCAUUACAAGUAGGUGUAGAACCUCCAGAUCUGUCUGAGGACCCUGAAUACAGUCAGAGGCUUCAGUAUCUGGGAGAUAAACAGCAGAACUGCACCAUCAGACUGAGUCAUGUGACACUGAAGGAUUCAUACAAGUACUAUUUCAGAUUCAUCACUGAUAAAGACAAAGCGAUGGGCUUGACUGGAGUGACUCUUGCUGUCACAGAUCUUCAGGUGGAGUCUCCUGAGAGAGUGACAGAGGGAGAUUCAGUCCGUCUGACAUGUAAAAGCAGCUGCACUCUGACUGACAGAGCAACAUUCAUCUGGUACAGAAACUCACAGCCAUUAACUGAGAGAAGAGACAGAAACAAUGAACUCCUGCUGCAGUCAGUCAGAAGAGAGGAUGCAGGCAGAUAUAGCUGUGCUGUACACGGACACAAUCACACCUCUCCUGCUGUUUAUCUCAGUGUCACACAUCCUCCAAAGAGCGUCUCAGUGUCCAUCAGUCCAUCUGGUGAAAUAGUGUCAGGAGAUUCAGUGAAUCUGAACUGCAGCAGUGAUUCAAACCCUCCUGCUCUGAACUUCAGCUGGUUUAAAGGAGGAACGUUUGUAGGAUCUGGACGAAUCUUCAACAUCUCAAAGAUCAGCUCUGAUGACAGUGGAGAAUACAAGUGCAAGUCCAUCAAUGAUCAUGGAGAGAAAUACUCUGAUACUGUGACUUUAAAUGUCAUGUAUGAACCCAGGAAUGUCUCAGUGUCCAUCAGUCCAUCUGGUGAAAUAGUGUCAGGAGAUUCAGUGAAUCUGAACUGCAGCAGUGAUUCAAACCCUCCUGCUCUGAACUUCAGCUGGUUUAAAGGAGGAACGUUUGUAGGAUCUGGAAGAAUCUACAGCAUCUCAAAGAUCAGCCCUGAUGACAGUGGAGAAUACAAGUGCAGAUCCAGAAACAAACAUGGAGAGAAAUACUCUGAUGCUGUGACUUUAAAUGUCAUGUACCCUUCCAGGAAAGUCUCAGUGUCCAUAUGUCAGUCUGGUCAGAUUUGGGAGGGAAAUUCAGUAACUCUGAGCUGCAGCAGUGAUUCAAACCCUCCUGCUCUGAACUUCAGCUGGUUUAAAGGAGGAACGAUUGUAGGAUCUGGAAGAAUCUACAGCAUCUCAAAGAUCAGCUCUGAUGACAGUGGAGAAUACAAGUGCAGAUCCAGAAAUAAACAUGGAGAGAAAUACUCUGAUGCUGUGACUUUAAACAUCAUGUCAGAAAGAUGUUUCUCAUGGUCUGCAGCGUUUGGUCUUGGUGUUGGUGUUGGUGUUGGACUCUGUGGAGCAUCUGCUGCUCUCAUUGUUUUGUAUAUUCGUCAUACAAAAAGGAUGAAAAGAUCUGCUAUAAGAUUUUCUCAGAUUGCGGAUCCCGGUGCUGAAGUAUAUAUAGAGUAAGGCUGGCUUGAUUUCCUGACAGGUCUGAAUUCAUCAACUUUUACAGGAACAGUCACCAUGCAAUAAAACAAUACAUCUGCAAACAUGGAUGCAUAAUCUUCUCUGCUCACCCAUUCCUGAGCCCCUCUUUCCCUUCUUUUUCUCCACCAGGCUCAGGUCACUAAAAGUUUACUAAUCGUGACUACCACAAAUAAUGUAUCUUGUGAAUUCAUUGUUUUUCCUUUAAUGUUUGGCAUCAUUUAACUCGUUCAUCUGUUACACAUAGACUCACUGAAUGUUGUCCUUUUUAUUGUUCAGUUUUUUUAUCUAAAAAGUCAUUUUUGAACCACUCAUUUUUAUUAAAUAAACAAAUAUGAAAGCAGCCAAAAAUGACCAGCAGCCAAGAGUUUUAAAUGUCUCAGUACGAUUGGUCAAAUGGUCUCAAUUUCACAGCAUAUAUAUUACCAUAUAUUAUGUGAUCCUACCCAACCAAAAAUACCAAGUUCUGUCAUGAAACUCUAGAUGGCGUAGGCUGAUGGGUCCUUAACACAACCUGAUGACAUUUGCACAUUAACUACACAGCACAAGCUGACUUGGUUCCCAUUGCAUCUGCAGCCAUUGAGCUUGUUGCUCAAUAUUUAAAUGGUUAGUUCACCCAAAAAUGAAAAUUCGGUAAUAAUUUAUAAUAACUGCACACUAUGAAGCAUUAGUUAAGCAUUAGUAAAUACUCAGUUCAUCAUUUAUAAAGCAUUAAUAGACAUUAGUAAGCAGUUUAUAAAUACAGCUGUAAAUGCUUUGUUCUUGAUUUAUAAGCAUAUCUAUAAUGUGUUUAAUAAUUGUAUUUUCAUUCUUUAUUAAUGAUCAAUUUAUCAUUUCUAAAUUGUGUAUUACAUUAUUUACAAACCAGUUAUUUAGGAGUUGUCAGUGGUUCAUAAGAUCAUUUAGAAAUUGUAAGUGAAUGAUUAAUAAACUAUUUAAAUGUA